CACACACACACACACACGAGGCGGAGUUUAGCGAAGACCUACAUCGGUGUCUCAGUUCAGUUCAGGUUCUGCUCUGCUGCGUAGCUUCACACACGCACACAACUGUUGUGUUUGACGGUACUUGCCGAAGCGUAAAGAGAAGUAAAAUCAUGUCUGUAAAUAUGUAACCGUACAUGCCCUCUGACAUUCGUGUUUCCACCGGGAGAAGAAAGAUGGACUCUGUUGUGAAAAACACCCAGAAGGAGUUGUGGUUCCGCGGUCUGCUUUGGUGGUCGCUUCUGGUGGAGCUGGCGUCGGGAGCUUCCUUCUAUGGCGACGGCUUUGUACAGCUUAAGGCAACGGAGUCGUCCGACCAUAACAUGCUCCGCAUUCGCUUUCGAACCUCCAGCACCAACGGCCUGCUGUUUCUUGCUGCUGGCCAGACUGACUACUUCUUACUAGAGCUCCAUGCUGGUCGCCUGCAGCUGAAACUUGAUCUUGGAUCGAGGGAGCUAAUGUUACAGUCAGAGAGAGGCAUCCAGCUUAAUGACCUGGCCUGGCACUCUGUGGAGGUUCGCCAUGUGCAGCACAACAUCACUCUGACUGUAGACAAGAACUCUCACACGGGUGCAAAGAUGCCACCAGGCUCCCAUCAUGAUUUCCAGAUUUUGGAUGGUCUUUAUGUCGGAGGCUCAGGAGGCCUGGACAGACUUUACCUCCCCAGGGACCCGAUCGGCUUCCGAGGCUGCAUGGACGAGGUGAUUUUUAACGAACAUGACUUGUUGUCAUCACUGAGGCCAUAUACCGGAUUCAAGAAUGUCCAUGAGGUGUCUUUAGGCUGUAGUCCCCAAUUCUUUGCUACCGAGGAGGACCCUAUCAGCUUCUUUAGCUCCAGGGCUUACAUUUCUCUUCCAACCUGGAACACCCAGCAGGAAGCGAUAUUCGAGUGUGUUGUGCACACUUCAGCCAAAGAGGGAAUUGUCCUGUACAAUUCAGCCAGAGAGGGGGACUUUCUGGCUGUAGAGAUUCAGGAAGGUUUACCAGUGGCCAUUGUUGGGAAAGGUGGAACCAUAACUGAGCUUCGAUCCCUUACAUUCAUCAAUGACAGGAAAUGGCAUUCCAUCAAGUUGCAUUUCAGUUCCAAAAGCCUUGAGCUUACUGUUGAUGGAGAGAUAGUGAAAAGUAGCAUUAGCUCUCGUUCAAAGGGGCUUCAUUUUAAAGGUUAUCUUUUUGUUGGCGGUAUCGAUGACAGCACCAGAUCUGAAGUCAGGAAGGUGGGGCUUGUCUCUGUGUCUGGCAAGCGUGUCAGAGGAGGUUCCUUUAAAGGAUGUUUGAAGAACAUUGAAGUCAACGGAGUGAAAACAGGUCUCUCCAAUGCUGUAGUCACCAAGGAUAUCUCAGUUGGCUGUGAGCCAGAGAAAGAACCAGAACCAUCGACCACUGUGAUUCCAACAAGUGCUCCAGGAUCCCUCUUUCCCUUGGUGACACCAACACCAUCACUUCACAUGUCCACCAUUGCAAGGGGCUUGGACAGAAAGUAUAGCUCAAAUUUUGUGCAGCUCAAAAACCUUGUGGUCCAGGAAGGUGGUCGAGCAUCUCUUGAGGCCAAACACAUCAAGGUACUCUUGGACUUCAAGAAUCUUGGGAUUAGACAGUCUCAGAUUAUGUUCCGAAUUCGGGAGCAACCAAUUCGUGGUCAGAUAAGACUUGAUGUUGAUCAGGACCAAGAGGAGAACACCUUCAGCAUGUUGGACCUUUGGCAUGGACGAGUGAUGUAUAUCCAUGGAGGCUCAGAGGAACCAGAUGACUUCUUCAUGUUUUCAAUUUAUUCUAGCAGUAAAAAGCAAGUUCCUGAUUAUCUGAAGGGCAACAAGUUGUACCGCUACAAUAUUACUGUGACACCCACCAACGAUGCACCUGAAUUGAGUCUCCCUGAAGGAAACCUUUUUGUCCUGUUGGAGAACUCAAAGAAACGCCUCACCACUGAUAUUUUAAAGGCCACAGAUAUUGACAGCAGCUACACCGACCUUGCAUUCUCUGUGCUUGGGAACCUAAAUGCUGAUGCAGGAUAUUUAGAAAUUGAAAACAAACCUGGCAAGGCAGUGACCUCAUUCUCAUAUUUAGACUUGGAGGAACUGAGGGUGUACUAUGUUCACACAGGAGUUCGAAACUCAAGGAUAGUUCUUAGAGUUGGCGAUGGGGAAAAGGUCAGCAAUACUGUGGUUCUAAGGAUCAUGGCUGUAGCACUGGAGUAUAAGAUUGCCAACAACACAGGCCUUCAGAUCAUUCAAGGAGAGACAGCUAUACUUGGUUCAAAGCAGCUGGCUGUGCAAACCAAUGCUGUGAAACAAAUUAUAGACAUCCGGUAUGAUAUCAUUGAACCCCCUCAGUUUGGAGAACUCCAGAGACUUCACUCAAGCGGUGAAUGGAGGCCUACUGACUCAUUUUCCCAAAGGCUUCUAGAAAAAGAGCGCCUGAGGUAUGUUAGCACUUUUCAAGAAAUCCAGACAUCCAAUGUCACUGAUUACUUUAAGAGCAAAGUUAAUGUGGCUGCAAGGGAAACCACUGAAAUACUCUUCCCAAUCACUGUGAAGUGGGUGAAGUACCACCUAUUGAGGAAUGUUAUGAUAGACAUGAAUAAAGUUAGGAAAGUGACACUGGACUCAGAGUAUCUUUUUGCCACAGCUGAAGGUGUGACCCUCUCAGAGGAUGACCUUUAUUUCCGGGUUCUCACCACACCAAAGAAAGGGAAACUCCUGCGCGACACCACAGUCUUGAGCAAGAAUUCAACCUUUAGCCAAAGAGAUGUAACAGAUCUAAAAAUACAUUACGAGCUAGUCGACAGGCCUUAUGAAGAUACAAGCGACAGGUUCAAAUUUCAGCUGGUUUCUAGACAUGCUCAGUCACAAAACUAUGAUUUCCGGUUUUCCAUUAAAGCUGAUGUCAACAGUGUGUUUAUGAGAAACGAUGGACUCUCACUUCUGGAGGGAGAAAGUAAACUUAUAAUGAAAGAUGACCUGUUUGCAGAGACUUUGAGUACAAAGGAUAUGUACUACACUGUCAUAAGCAGCCCCAAACAUGGGAAGCUAGUCCGUAUUAAUCAGUCAAAUUCCAAUGCUAGCUACGACAACAUCUUAACCUUUAGUAACCAGGAUAUAUUAGAGGAACGGAUAAUGUACAUCCAUGACGACAGUGAAACAACUCAAGAUGAGUUCACUUUCAUAGCCUCCACCAGCCAAGGUUUCAAAUCCUCCAUCGCAGAAGAUGAAAUUGGCUCCAAAGAAGGAAUGUUCAACAUAUCUAUUCAGCUAUUAAAUGACCGAAAGCCAGUACGUGUUAUUGAUAAAGUUUUCCAUGUAGUUAGGGAUGGACAGAAGUUACUUACUAUAGAGGAUUUGCGUUAUCAUGAUGAAGACUCUGAUUUUGAUGAUGGCCAGUUGAUUUACACUCGACGUGGAAUCCCGAUGGGAGACCUAGUGCUGGUUAAUGACACUACUCAUCGGCUGUUCAAGUUUCAACAGAAGGAUUUGGAAGAAAAGCGAGUGUUGUUCAUUCAUAAAGGUGUGAGCACUGGCAGGUUUGUGCUCUUUGUCUCAGAUGGAAAACAUUUUAUAUCAAGCCUUUUAGACAUCAGUGCACAUGAGCCUUUCUUGAAGGUCGACAAAAACACUGGCCUACUGGUUCAGAAGGGCCAAUCAGUAACCUUUUCCACCAAUAAUUUUAGUGUCAUAUCAAAUAUGGACAUCAGAGAUGACCAGGAGGUCCUCUUUGAGUUGGAUGAGGCUCCCAAGUAUGGAGGACUUUAUCGCAAUGAAACAAAGGUGGAUUCCUUCUCACAGUCUGACUUUAAGGAUGGGCUGAUCUCCUAUCGGCACAAUGACAGCAAGCAUCUUGCAGACUAUUUUAAUUUAACAGUGAAAGCUAAAGGUCUUCAGCUUGCAGUGGGAGUCAAUGUGAAAGUUUACCUAGAAAGUCAUCAGAGGCCACCCAUUGUGCUGCAUCACAACAUCUUACUGGUAGAAGAGGGAAAACCAGUGAAGAUCAGUGAAACUAAACUAGAGGUCACUCACGAGGACAACCUGCCAUCUGAGAUUGUAUUCACAGUGAAGGUAGCCCCGUCUCAUGGCGUUCUCCGGCGUUUUGUCGAAGCGGGGGAGAGCUACGUCGGAACCAAACAGUCCCCUGUCAAGACGUUUACCCAAGAGGACAUUAACAGUGGGAACAUCCAGUACAUGCAGGUGGAGCCCAACAAAGUGAACGACACUUUCAUCCUUGAUGCCACCAAUGGGGUGACAGACGUCAACGGCAUUAGGAUGUCUGUUGACAUCAUCCCACGCCUCAUCCCACUUCAGGUCUUUAAUUUCACGCUGAAUGAGGGUGCCUCCAAGGCGCUGACCCAGGAUGUGCUCAAAGUCACCAACCGACACUUUUCUGGAAUCAACUUCCCCUAUAGUUUGACUGAGCCCCCGCAGCAUGGUCACAUUGAGCACUCUCGACAUCCCGGUGUGGCCAUAACCUCUUUUACCAGGAGGCAGGUGGAACACGAAUUCAUUUACUACAUCCACGACAGCAGCGAAACCUUAGCUGACAACUUCACUGUGGUGGCCAAUGACACGGGCCUGAGGAAGCAGAGUGCAGCCCAGACGGUGUACAUCCAGGUUUCAGCUGUCAACGAUGAGCCUCCUGUUAUUACAGCCAACAGGGUCCUCAGGGUUUGGGUGUCUUCAGUGACGGAGAUCAGGCCAGAGGAUCUGAGAGCGGAGGACCUGGACACACCCCCAGAGGGGCUGCACUUCAUGGUGACCCCACCCAGCAAUGGACACCUGGCCCUGAAGAGUGCCCCCAUGAAAGCAGUGCUUAACUUCACCCAAGAACACAUAGACCAGGGCCAGCUACUGUUUGUUCACAAAGGAGCUAUGUCUGGAGGGUUCAACUUCCAAGUCAACGAUGGUGUGAACUUCACUCCCAGGCAGAUCUUCAGCAUCACUGCCAGGGCCUUAGUUCUCAGUUUAGAGAAAAACCGUCCACUCAAGGUGUUUCCAGGCUCUUCUACUCCAAUCACAAAUGAGGAUUUACAAGCAGUGACCAAUGACAUCAGCAACACCUUGAACCGCAUCAUUACAUUCAGUGUGAUUCGGCAGCCUAAACUGGGCCGUCUGUUGAAGAGACAGCCUGAUAAUUCAACGAUGGACAUCUCCACUUUCACACAAGACAUGGUGGACAAGAAAGAGGUUGUGUACAUGCAAACCCCCAUCGAGUCAGUGGGCUGGGAAGCCAUGGACUCUAUGACCUUCUCUGUAGCAUCCCCGCCUACUUCUCUGGACAGCCAGACCUUCAAAAUAGACAUUUCUUAUGAGAAUACUGGACCUGAACACAACACAGUCCUGCUUGCAAACACAGGUGCUGAGGUAACAGAAGGGGAGAGUGUCAUCAUUGAUGAGUCCAAACUGGAUGCCACUAACCUAAUGUCCAAGCUGCCGACUCCUCAGCGGAGCUCCCAUGAGGUCUGGUUCCAGGUCACAUCUCUGCCUCAGCAUGGUGUCAUAGUGGUAGGUGAGAGAAACCUCACCAAGGAGAAACCUAACUUCUCCCAGUUCAUCGUUAACAAAUACGGUAUCAUCUACAAGCACGACAACUCAGAGACAACUCUUGAUUCUUUUGCAUUCAGUGCAUGGCUAAAUUUUAAGGGCAAAACUGCGCAACGCCCUCAAGAUGAUAUUGACGUUGUUGAGGAGCGUUUUAACAUUACAAUCACACCUGUAAAUGAUCAGCCACCUUUGCUAAAAACCAAAGCUCCAAGUCUGAGGGUGGUACAAGGGGACACAGUAGCCCUCCGGCCUGAGAAUCUCAAAGUUGAAGAUUUAGACAAUCCUCCUGAUGAUAUUAAGUUCUCUGUGAUUAGCAAGCCAAACAAUGGUUACCUAGCUCUUGAAGGAAGUUUGAAUGAAUCAAUAGUGGCCUUCACCCAAGCCCAAAUCAAUAACGGAAGCGUCUAUUUCAUCCAUGAUGGAAGCUCUGUCUCUGGGGUGUUCUACUUCAGUGUCACAGAUGGCCAUCAUAAACCAAUUUAUAAACUAUUUAACUUAGAAGUGACAGAAAUCAGCAUUUCUCUGGUCAACUACACUGGGUUGACACUGGAGCAAGGCAAGACUUCAGUAUUACUGACUCAAGACAACCUUGCUGCUGAGACCAAUGGGAAAAACAUCACCAUUCACUACCAGAUUACAAGGCCUCCAAACUUUGGCAAACUUUUGAAGGAUAAUAAAGAGGUUACGCAGUUUGAACAGGAGGAUCUACAGGCUGGAUGGUUGUCCUACCACAUACUCUCCCUUUCCUCUGCAGAAGACAGCUUUGACUUCACUGUCUUCACUUCAGAGGCAAAUUUAACUGGCCAAGUGUUUAACAUAACGGCCAGACCUUUGAUUAAGGUUGGGAAAGGUUUGAGGAUUCCCAAUGGCAUUACUGUCAAACUCAACACUAGCUUUCUUAAUGCCUCUGAACUAGCUAAUAUCAGUGAUAGUGACCCUAUAUUUGAAAUGAUCUCCCAGCCUAAGUAUGGGAAGGUGGUUCGGAUAAAACCUAAAAUGUCCAGGACAGCUGUUCCAGCUGAGUCCUUCACCUUUCAGGAGGUGAUGCAGGAGAAGGUAGCCUUGGAGCUGAAUGCCAACAUGACUGGAGUUCAAGAGCUGAAUGACUCACUGGUGUUUGUACUGAAAGCUGAUAACAUCCAACCUGCUAAAGGGGAGUUCCACUUUACAGUUGUGCCAUAUGAUUCCGCACUUUUUCCAACCACAAAGAGUCCUGUCCCAACCACAUCAUCUGUUCCUCAGACACCAAUCCAGACUUCCAGAAAUGAAACUGCUCCACCAGUCCUGUCUACAGCUUUCCUCUCCACCCAGCAACCAAGCAAAAAUCAGCAAAAGUUCAAGGCACGCAAUCGCUGGGGAAACUCCAGCAGAACUAGCAUUUUCAGUACAACUCUUGGCAAACCAACGCGUGGAACAGAGGAUUUUCCCUUUAGGAACACACCAGUACGUGUAGAGUCCUACCCUCAAAAAACCUCUAGUCCGCUCCUGGUCAUCUUACCACUACUGGCCCUGCUGCUACUUAUAAUCAUCUUUGUAGUCGUGGUUGUCUUUCUUCGACACAACAGGCAUAGGAAGAAGAGCACUGGUGCGCCAAAGGAGCCACCUUCCAUUAGUCUUCCAAGCAGUCAGUCCUACCAAGGUCAACCCCAAAGAAGCACAACAGUUCCCACAGUGACUGUCACUCCAUUAAACCCAAGCUGCCCAGGUAGCCCUGUUCUUGAUCGGUUAUUGACACCAAAUCAGGGUUUAGCUUACAACACCAUUGAUUCAAACAUGCUCAUAAGUUCUUGGAGUAAUGGUUCCCCUUCAUCAUCUUCCCAAAUUAUUAGAACCGCCACUCCCACUCUGCAGACAAAUCAGUACUGGGUAUGAUCUUCCACAAACCAACUUGUAGUUAAAUGUUUUAGAGAAUAAUGUUACAGGUUUUGAUAACAUAUGUGGUUGUGUACUUAAAUGAGGCAGCGAUGAAUUAGAUUAAAGGCAGAGUGAGUAGGAUUGUUGGUUUGUAAACACAACAUUCAAACUACAACAUUCAAACUUGGCCUCUCCCCUCCGUCUCAACGACACCAGAAGCGCACUCCCCCUGACCGCGACUGCUCUUCAUCCCCAUCCAGCAGGAUGAAAGCCAAUCCGAGAUUCACUCUUGUUUUGGAACAAGCUUUGUCCGUGUCUGUGCACUGUGGCUGGUGGCUACACACCCAGUGCCCAAAGGCUGACCUCUAGAAAUGCCCCGUAUACAGCAAAAUGAAAAGAAAAGAGAAAAUACAGGCAGAAGGCUGGGCCUCUGCAGAUACUGACACCACCACACACUUCUAGCUAGAGCUAAAAGGUCACCAAAAUGCAAAAGCUACACCUCUAAUGGGAUGAUGACGUUGCUCUGUGUCUGCUGGAUGAAUAAUUAGGCCAUUGUUUGCUUGCAACCUUUAGAAUAACAACUUUCUAAAGGCCAUAAUACUGUAUGUCAAGGCUGUACUAGCUCGUUUUAAGGUCUUCUGCCCUCUAUUGGCCAAACAUUUUAUUUUUGUCGCUUUAAGGAUGGAUUAAGCAGAAAACUACAAUGGCCAAACUCCUUUGCGGUACAUGAAUCAGCAUCAGGACAGCUUUGGGUCGCACAGUCCAUUGAAACGUUGAUUUACAACCACUGCUGUAUAUUGAGUUGGUGGGACAGACUUUGUUCAAUUGAGCGUUUACAAAGUGGUCAUCGUCGUGGUAAAUUAUAACCUAUGUUUGGUGCCUAAUGUACGUUAAAUCACUUACAUUGUUAUCUGGUCCUCAUGCACGUUGAAGUCUCUUCCAUUAUGGGUCAUGAUCAUCAGAGUGGAAAGUGAUGCUAAUAACAGCGUGAAACUGUGAAUUACUAAGACUGACACUGGCACAAAGAUGUAUAGUCUAAGCAUUUCAAUUGAUUGUGCAGCUUUUAUAUUGUUAUGUAUUAUAUAUUAUAGUAUAUUAACUUGUUGUAACUCAGGUAUUUUGUUAACAGUCAUUUACUUCAUGUUACCUUUAAUGAAGGUUGCAUGUAUUCAUAAUUCAAUAAGUGAGGUCUUUGUUGAACAUUACAGGAUUGAUUGAUUGUUAUAAAAAUGGCAGUUGUCAAAAAUACUUCCCAGCAUGGCUGUAUAUUGAAAUGGCUGGUUUUGUACCACUAUGUAUAGCCCUGAUCAAAUCACACUGAUUAAAAGUUUAGCACUGUUUUCAUAUGUUUUUAUUUUAUUUUACUAUGCACAGUAUUUAUAUAUUUUCAAGAAGCAUGUACAGUAUGAAAAAUCAAGGCACUGAUCUUUAAGAUUACAAGGAGUUCAUCUUGAAUGUUCAGAGAGAGUUCAUGUCUUUCAUUGACAAAUUACAAGAAACAGACAAUUUCUUCGACUGAAAUGAGUGCUGGUAUUAAUAUAAAAAUGGAAAGGCUGAUAAGCCCGUUUCUUGAAAUUAUCUACUGGUGAUUUAACACUGUAAUGAUGCAUUUACUGAAAGAAAUAAAUGGUACUGCUCUGUGUUUUGGCAAGCUAUGGGAGAUGAGAAAAUGCUGUCACAGAAAACCACUGUAAUAGGUUAUGAAAUGAUUUUGUACUAAGAGAAGUGUCUAUCCACUGUAUUCCAGUCUCAUCUGAAUGAUGUAACGUACUAUGUAACAGAAGUGUCAUAUUUAUUUAUACCAUAUUUUUAAUAAACCACUUUAAAAUGUU